AUGGGAUCUCUUGGGGAUAUCGCCUCCGUGGCUCAGCUGACCGGCAUUGAUGCCGUUCGUCUGAUCGGAAUGAUAGUGAAAGCUGCAAGUACGGCUAGAAUGCACAAGAAGAACUGCAUGCAGUUUGCUUUGCAUUUGAAGUUGAUUGGUAAUCUUCUUGAACAACUGAAGAUUUCAGAGCUGAAAAAGUAUCCGGAAACACGAGAGCCGCUUGAACAGCUUGAGGAAUCAUUGAGACGAUCUUACAUUUUGGUUAAUAGUUGUCAGGAUCGGAGCUAUCUUUACUUGCUAGCAAUGGGAUGGAACAUUGUUUAUCAGUUUAGGAAAGCACAGAAUGAGAUUGAUAGAUAUUUGAAGAUUAUUCCUCUCAUUACUCUAGUUGAUAAUUCUAGAGCUCGAUUCAAGGAUAGGUUGAAAGAUAUUGAUAGGGAUGAAUGUGAAUACAUGUUGGAUGAUGAUGACAAAAAGGUGCAAGAUGUGAUUAUGAAAGCUGAUCAAUGUGAUUAUCAUGAUACUACAACAAUCUUAAAGAAAACACUCUCUUCCUCUUACCCAAACUUGCCUUUCAACAAAGCCAUUCAAAAAGAGAAUGAAAAACUUAAGUUUGAACUUCAAAGAUCACAAGCUAAUUAUGAUGUAAAUCAAUGUCAAAUGAUUCAGCAUCUUCUUGAUGUUACAGAAGUUGUUGGUUCAAAUUGCAUUUCAGAGAAAAGUUUGCCAAAAACCCACAAAAAUCCAAGGUUUGAUUUGUCUUUCUUUUCUAAUGACUGUAGCCUAACUAUUUCUUCGGCUUCGUCGAGUCACAAUGAUACGAUUUCUACUAAAAAGUCGUAUCAACGCGGUGAAUGGAGUUCAGAUUUGCUUGAUUGUUGUUCAGAACCACUUUUAUGUAUCAAAACUUGUUUUUGUCCUUGUGCUACAUUUUCAAGGAUUGUCGGCGUCGCCACAAACAGACACGUUUCGACUGCAGAAGCAUGUAAUGAUUUAAUAGCUUACUCAUUGAUUUUAUCAUGUUGUUGCUAUACUUGUUGUGUUAGAAGGAAACUCAGAAGGAUAUUGAAUAUCAAGGGAGGGUUGGUGGAUGAUUUUCUAUCUCAUUUCAUGUGUUGUUGUUGUGCUCUCGUUCAAGAAUGGCGGGAAGUUGAGAUCCAAAACGUUUCUGGACCGGAGAAGAGGAAAACAAUAGCCCCACAGUCACAGUAUAUGGAGUCGUAA